GCCCACCUCUAGUUGGUGUGCGCGGAGUGGAGUGAAAUAAAUCGAAGUAAAUUGCGUCGAGCGCUGCAAAAUAAUGGAUCGCACUUUCUACGAGGGCUGGCUAAUUAAGUCGCCGCCCACCAAGCGCAUUUGGCGAGCAGGAGCCGUUCGUGUAUUAAAUUUCCGCCAACUGUUGCGUUUAAUCAAAUUUACUUGCCCCGUAUUUCGUGUGUGCAUGUUUUUUAUGCGCAUAUGUGCUUGUUUUUGCUUUUUUAUGUGCACGGACGAUAAGCCGGAUCAAGCACAAAACAAUGUGCAACAACAGCAACAUAAACUACCGACGAUGACCAAAAAAACAAUGACGCACUUGUCUUUCCAGCUCCUUGUUGUUGUUGAUUUUGCCUAUGCUAGAGAUGCGCUGUUGUAGUGUCAGCAUAAUAAUUUUUAUUUACAGUCCAUCAUAAUGUAUGACUUAUUAGAUUUUUGGAUUAAUUAUUUUUUAAACAUUUAGGGGAUGAAUAGUUGAAAAGUAUGUUUGCUUAUAUUAUUAAAUAUAAAUAGAAUGAUUUGCUCAGACAAAUAAAUUUUACUGGAUUUUAAACUAGUAAAGCUAAAAUAUAGAAGUUCUCCCUCAGGAGUUCGUGACACGACACUCUGUAGUGUGCCCAUCUCUAGAGCGUUCAUUUGAAACCACUUAUAAUGGAUACGACAGUUCCAAGAACACCCAAACCGUUGAUCAAAAGGUCUGCAGCACAGAAUUUUCAGUUACAGCAAACCCACUUUAUGGUUUCACUGUACUCAAUUUGUUUGCUUAUGUUGAGGCGUGCAAUAGCGUCCAAAAUGGUAGUAUUCAAUCACACUAUUUUGAAAACUGCUUAAGAUUAUACAAUAUAAAUUAAAUAACUAACCUCUUGACAUCAAACUUCGUACAAAAUAUGGAAUAUUUUGUUGUAAAGGUUUACAGCAGCUAUCUAAUUUUAAAAACAACCCUUUCCGGCGCGUUAAAAGUAAACAAAUUUAGAAACAUUUUAAAAAUAGAACCUUUGCCCGCACAUUUUCGUUUGCGUUUCUAAUAUCUUGAGCGCCAUUGUAUAAACAAACUCUAAUGAUGCCUCGAGAAAAUGAGCUGCGUAUUUCCAGCGCCUCGGGGUGCCAAUUUCUGGCCUGUGUGCGGCAUUAUGUUUAUUGUUUAUAAUUCAAUUAAGCUUGAUAUUAUACAGUCCGAAAAAAACCAUCCAUUAUCAGCUGGAGUUUUACGUUUUCAGCGGGUUCCCGAACCUCUCAGCUGUUAAUUUCUUAACCGCUUAACGGUAACGUGGGCGGGGGUGUUAUUUCUGUGUGUGUGUCUGCUGAUUACCCAAGAAAAUGCCAAUGCAAAAUAUGAUUCGCGGAAAAGCAGCGCCGCUGCAGUCUCUGUUGACUCGGGCUUCAUCACCCGCUUACUCACCAGCAGUGAUAGUGUACUCAGUCGUUGAGCUGAUCAGCCGUACCCUACCCUCAUAUCAACAACCGGAGUCCAUCGCUCAGUAAGGGUAUCUUAAUCCAGAACGGAGACAUCGGUACACUCGCGUACGCUGGAGGCGUCGCUACUUCACGCUGAAGCAGGGCGAGAUACCGGAGCAGUUCUGCCUCGAAUACUACACCGACCACAACUGCCGCAAGCUGAAGGGCGUUAUCGAUUUGGAUCAGUGCGAGCAGGUGGACUGUGGCCUGCGGCUGGAGAAUCGCAAGCAGAAGUUUCAGUACAUGUUCGAUAUCAAGACGCCCAAGCGCACCUACUACCUGGCUGCUGAGACGGAGGCGGAUAUGCGCGACUGGGUGAACUGCAUCUGCCAGGUGUGUCACCUACACGACACAAAGCAAUCGAAUGAGUUGCCAUUAGGAGCUGUGGGUGCAGACGAAAACCGCACCCAACACACGAGCUCCAGUGGCGGUCUAAGCAACUCCACUCAAAAUACGACCACCACAUCGUUGCACUCGUCGGCCGGAACCACAGCGCCUCAGGCUUCGGUCCCAAAUGCUGGAGGAUCUGCCCAGCUGCGACGACCGGCGGUCAUUGAAGAGCAACCGAUGCCCUCGAAUGCCGGCAACAAUAACUCAGACUCGGUGUAUGUCAACACGGAGUACAGCAAUCGCGAGACGAUGCUCUGCGAUGCCAAUUUCGAUCAGCAGGAACUGCUCUCGGCUGCCCAGCAGCAACCGCCUCCAUCGCCGGCCACGGCUCUUUAUCUAAACCACAGUGCUUUGAUCCAAGCUCAGGCGGCAGCUGCAGCCGCCGAGCAACUGCAGCAGCAGCAGCAACAAGCUGCUCGCUUGGCGGUCAGUGCCAACGGAGUAGUGCGCAAAUUGCCGGAGCAUCUGGUGCUCACGCAGCAGACCCUGGCGGAGGCAGCUGCCCAGCAACACAGCAGCGUACAGGCUUCACCCGCUUUGAGCACCGCAUCCGGACCGUACAUACCCAUCAGCGAGUGCUUCUCGGGCAGCCCGAGAUUCCUGCCCGGCGUUCCACUGCCCGGCGCAGAUUUGGCCAUACCAAACAACCCCACCACGCCGUUGAACAACUUGGAUCCCAAGUUCUACGAUACGCCGCGUAGUCAUAAUAACAUAGGUCUAAAUCUGACCAACGAUCAAUCCUACUCACCGAAGAUAACCAAUUUGAGUCUGCAACAAUUGGCCAAUAACAAUGCUAGUAAACAACGCUCCGACUCCGAUUCGGAAAGCGUUUUCACCGAUGACGAUGAGUGGGCUCAUCCUUUGCCACUGCGCGAGAAUGUGGAUCGCAGUACCCGACCUUCGGAUAGUUCCAUUGAAAACGAAUCAUUCGUGCUAACGUACUCGCAGCGAUUCUCUAAAAUGCCCGAGGAAGGAGGAGCGAUCGUGCCACCAGCUGAAAAGAGUUCCAAGCUAGCAGGAGCAGCAUCUCUGCCAGAGGCUGGUGACCAGGGAACGCUGGAUAAGCUGGCCAAGGUGCUGAAGAACAAAAAUAAUCUCAUAUUGGACUUUAAGGAGAAUGAAAAAAUUCCUCGCGAUCUGCCGCAGCUGUCGGAUACGGAAAAUACUUCGCCGGCCAUUGUGGCCCGCCGCAACGCGCACUCCGCUUUCAUCGAGGAAAGCUAUGACAUUCCAAGGUCCCACCAGCAGCCUUACUACAACGUCAACCAGCUGCUGGGCGAGCGACCAGUCACCAGCCCGCACAAUUCCAAUCCCAUUGCAGCAUCCACACCGAAUCUCAUGGCGGCCGAUCUGGGUGCAGUGGCCGCAAUUUCAGCGGCAGCGAAUCCCGGCCUGAUGGGUGAGGCACAGGCAGUCGCAUCAUCGCCCACCAGUGCGCGCACAUUGCCUCGACACUGCUACACCAAUGCAGCUCCCACAAAGAUGGAGGGCAAUGUUUUUCGAUACGACUUCAUGGAGCAGGCGGACUGCCCGCCGGUUAACCGGAAACUUAAGCCAAAGGUGGCGGGUGGAUUGCCAGUUGUAGAGGACAAACCGCCGGAGGAGUUUCCUGCAAAGCCCCCGGUGGGCGUAGAUCAGUUAACCAAUAAACUGGGUGCAGCCCAACUGCAGCAGCCCAUUGGACCGCCCAGUGUGGACAGGAAGUGCAAACCGAAUGCCUAUAAGUUGGGCAAUUCGGCUACCAUGUCGCCGGCAACGCGACGUUCCUCCGGUGCCCCUCUCUCAAUGGUGCUGCCGCAUGAAACGGAUGUACACUCCCCGGCGGCAGCCAACGCCUUCUUUCACGAGACCCGCACCCUGCCUCGCCAACAGCAUCGGCAUCAUCCGAACAGUCCCGGCAGCAUGUCGGUACAACAUCAGCGCACCGCCUCCGCAGCGGCUGCCAUGAUGAGCUUGACGGCAGCAGCUGCUCCCAAGCAGCAAGCGGCGGCGCAGACUGAGCACAAGCUGCAGUACUUUGAUCUGGAUGUGACCAACAAACCGCCAUUGCUAAAUCGAUCCAGCAUGAGUGUGGGGAAUCUGUACUCACAAGGCGGAAAUGGAGCUAGUGGAAUGCGAUUCGCAGGCGUCGAAGCUGGCGGAGCUCGAGCGCCAGUGCCUAGCAGCGUGGUCUAUAGAUCCGUGGACUUUGUCAAGACGGAGGCAUUUAAGAGGAUUCGAGAGGAGCGCGAGAGCAGCGGCAACAAGUGAAACUGCUGGUUCAGCUAAAUGAAAUCAUAUCUCCAGUACAUCUACUUGUCAACGUGCAAUAGCAAAGGAAGGACCAUGUUGCUGAUCCGAGAUUUUCGUAGUGCCUAUUGGUGGUCAGCUGAGGAGAGCUGACCCCAUCCAAAAACAGUGCAAAUUUCGAGUGGCUUUUACAUUCGUUAACAUCGUCAAAUUCAUUAUUCAUUAAACCACAUAUCUAGCUUGUAAGACGGCACCAGCAUUUCUGUGUGCUGUUUUGAAUCUGUAAUCUGUAACCCGUAUCUGAAUCUAUGUCGUAUUCGUAUUUAAAUCGUGCUUCCAACACUUCCAUGUUUAUUGUUAAGCUUCGGAAUCAAAAUGUAACCAUGACAAACGAUCUUAGUGCUAAUUUUACAAUGCAAACAAUUAUUUUAUAUACGCAAGCGAAAUAUUUAUAUACACGAAUUUUAUAUGGUAACAAAUUAUUUACAAUUUAAUAAUGUAACUCGUGUGCGACACAAGCUGUAGCUUGAUUUUGUGCUUUAAAAAAUAUAUAUACAAUAAUACC